UCAGAAGGCCGCCUUCCCACCCGCCGACAUUUGUUUGGCAAAUCAGAAAAGCUAAAUCAUGGGAGCGGAAGAUGAGCAGAAGGGAAAUCAAGCAAACGAUCAGCCAAGGUCUCACCCCAUAACAGAGGCACAGUUCCUCAACUGGAAACGCCGAAAGGACGCAGAUGCCUCAGCUAGAAAUGCUGAAGCAGCUAGGAAACGUGCAGAAGAUAUAGCUUCUGGCACAGUGCAAAUGAACGGGCGGGAGCUUUUCUUGCAUGAGCCCUGGGUGUUUGAUAACUCUCAAUAUUGAAGCUUACUAUUUGUUCGAGCGCAUAAGCUAUUUUAGAGGCAAAUUUUACAGGCUUAUUCCUUCAACAUUCUUGCAUCUCCAAUUUAACAUUUGUUUUGGUGAAUUUGUUGUUGCAUUCGUAGAAGAAUUCAAUUGAUUUGAAUUCCAGUAUUUAUGGAUUACCGUCAUAGUGAUGUGUUUUUAUUCAGCAGGCCCUUGUGCUACACUAUGGUUGUUGACACUAAAACAGAAGAAUUGAUCAUUCAAGUAAUUUCCUUCCUUCGCUCUAUGCCACAAGGAAGUAAACAUAUGCUUGGAAUUGCCCACAGUUAUUGACCAAUGACCAUAUUGUAGUUCUUCAAAAGUUUGAAGCAGACCCAACACCAACUCAGUAGUAAGAGAAGGUGAAAAAAGAAGAGCAAAGCAAAACUACGAGAUACAUUUAUUGUCCUUGAAAUUUCCCUUAUUUCCAUUUCCCUUCAUGCUUCUUUGUUGGGCUUUGAGCUACAUAACAAAACUUGAUUAGCGAUGGCAUUUAGGCAAUUGUCAAGAUCGUCAAAAUUUCUUUUCU